AUCGGCGUUGGCGCCGUGACCUCCAUGUGAGCGCGGCGGCGCCCCCCGGUAAACAGUGCCCGGGCCGGGCGAUGGCUCCCGGCGCAUCCCCGUAGCCCUGCCCGCCGCCGGCCCGCCGGGACUCGCCGCGAUCCGCGCUGCCUCGGCGGGAUCGGGGAGUGCCGUGGGAUCUGCUCGGCUCCCCUUCCCUCUCCCGCACCCCGCCGAGCGGGACGGGCGGCCCAGAUUGCGGGCGGGAGGGUCGCGCCAGCUCCGAGGGGUUUGAAAUUCCUGCCCCGUCGGGCCGAACAAAGAGCAGGGCAGCCUCCGGACCCCUCCCCUGCACCUCCCACGCCGCGGGCGCUCACCCGCGGAGCGGAUCCCGUUCCCACCCCCUGCCUAGGUCUCCCCUCCUUUGCCCGCAGCCGGCCGAGCAGGCGAGAGGGUGCGCGCCAUGUGGAUCCAGGUCCGCACCAUCGACGGCACGGAGACCCAGACCAUCGACGACCUGAGCCGCCUCACCAAGAUCGAGUGCCUGCGGGAGAAGAUCGAGGAGACCUUUCGCGUGAGCCCCGACCGCCAGCGGCUCUUCUACCGGGGCAAGCAGCUAGAAGAUGGACACACUUUGUUUGACUACAAUGUUGGACUAAAUGACAUAGUUCAGCUUUUGAUACGUUCUGAUUCUGAAGCUCCUACCACUACAGCUGUGGCAGAUCAGGAUGGAGAAGUCAAUCCCUGUGCUGUUUCCAACUGCAAGAAUAAAGUCAAAAAAACAAACAGUGGAUCACCCAGUCAGCCAUCUACAUCAUCUCGCUCAUUUCUCAUUGAUCCUGGCAUUGGAUUGUACAAGAUAAAUGAAUUGGUGGAUGCCCGUGAUAUCAGCAUUGGAGCCUGGUUUGAAGCUCAUAUAGAAAAUGUUACCCGAGCAACAAAGGGACAUAAGAAUGGUAAAGCUCAAGGGAAGAGUGGUAACACUUACAAAAGGACUAAUGGAAACUUAAAUCAAGAUCAUUCUAGAGAAAAUGCAAAUAACUUGGACAGUACACCUUCUACAUCUUAUUCAGACUGUAUGGACACUGAUGAAGAAGCUAUUUAUCAUAUCAAGUAUGAUGAGUACCCAGAAAAUGGCGUCAUAGAAAUGGACACAGUUAAUCUUCGACCCCGAGCAAGAACCAUUCUGAAGUGGAGUGAACUAAAAGUGGGUGAUGUGGUGAUGGUUAACUACAAUGUUGAGACACCAGAAGAAAGAGGAUUUUGGUUUGAUGCAGAAAUUACCUCUUUGAGAGAAAUCUCAAGGACUAACAAAGAGGUUCAUGCUAAAAUUCUGCUGGGAGGUCCAGAAGACACAAUAAAUGAUUGUAAAAUCCUUUUUAUAGAGGAAAUGUACAAGAUUGAAAAGCCAGGAGCCUAUCCAUUGACAUUUGGGGAUGGAGAUUUCAAAAGAAAAAGUGGCCCUGAAUGCAAGCACUGUAGGGCUGAUCCCGAUAAGGAGUGCCGAUUUUGUUCGUGUUACUUGUGUGGUGGCAAACAAGAUGCUCACAUGCAACUCUUGUGUGAUGAAUGUAAUAUGGCUUAUCAUAUAUACUGCCUGAACCCUCCUUUAAGCAAGAUACCAGAAGAUGAAGACUGGUAUUGUCCUUCCUGCAAAAAUGAUUCUAAUGAAGUUGUAAAGGCUGGAGAAAAACUCAAACAGAGUAAAAAGAAAGCAAAGAUGCCAUCUGCCAGUACUGAAAGCCAGAGAGACUGGGGAAAGGGCAUGGCCUGUGUUGGUCGCACUAAGGAAUGCACUAUUGUUCCUUCAAAUCAUUAUGGGCCUAUACCUGGUGUUCCUGUUGGGACAACCUGGAAAUUCAGAGUUCAGGUGAGCGAAGCAGGUGUUCACAGGCCCCAUGUUGGUGGAAUCCAUGGACGCAGUAAUGAUGGAGCUUACUCACUCGUACUAGCUGGGGGAUUUGAAGAUGAAGUGAGCGUUAAACCAAAGGAUAAUCUUCUUGCACAGGAUCGAGGAGAUGAGUUCACUUACACUGGGAGUGGAGGUAGAGAUCUUUCUGGCAAUAAAAGAAUUGGAGAACAUUCAUUUGAUCAGACAUUAACACACAUGAAUAGGGCACUGGCCCUUAACUGUGAUGCCCCACUGGAUGACAAAAAUGGAGCAGAGUCAAAGAAUUGGAGAGCUGGUAAACCAGUUAGAGUAGUGCGCAGUUCAAAAGGACGACGGAUCAGCAAAUAUGCCCCAGAGGAAGGCAACAGAUAUGAUGGCAUUUACAAGGUGGUGAAAUACUGGCCAGAAAUUGGAAAAUGUGGAUUUUUAGUUUGGCGCUAUCUUCUGAGGAGAGAUGACGUUGAGCCUGCACCUUGGACUUCAGAAGGAAUGGAGCGGUCAAAGAAGCUGGGUCUAAGCGUACAGUAUCCAGAAGGUUAUUUGGAAGCCAUGGCUAGUAAGGAGAAGAAAGAUAAGGUUAAAAAGCACACUGUGAAACAGGAGCCAACCAGCCAAAGUAAUGGAAACCAGAAAAGGCCGAUUGAUGACGCAGGUACAGAGGAACCUACAAAUACACCCAAAGCCAUGAGGAUGGGAGAUGGAGGGAAAGGAGAAGCUUUCCAGCUCACCCAAGAGCAGCAAUGGCUGAUUAGAGAAGACUGUAUGAACCAGAAGCUGUGGGAUGAAGUACUUGCUUCUCUUAAGGAAGGACCAAAUUUUCUGAAGAAACUGGAACAAUCCUUUAUGUGUGUCUGCUGCCAGGAGUUGGUUUACCAGCCAGUGACAACAGAGUGCCUCCACAACGUCUGUAAAAGCUGUUUACAGCGCUCCUUCAGAGCCGAAGUGUUCACCUGCCCUGCCUGCCGCUAUGACCUGGGGAAGGGCUACACCAUGGCUCCCAACAAGAUCCUGCAGACACUACUGGACCAGUUCUUUCCGGGUUACAGUAAAGGACGAUGAUGUGCUCAGACCCUUCUGUACUUCUCCCAGUGACUUUAUAGACAGUAGAGGGGAAUAAACAUAGGAAAUACAGCAGUGGACCAGCCAGCUUGAUGGGACUCAAUAUAUUGUCACAUUUUGAAGCAGCUAGCCCUCUUCCCCUCAUAGCCCCUUCUUGGUGUUGUGAGAACUCUAUUUCUCAGCUGUCUUUUAACAUCAAGGGUAGUUUUGGCCAGUUAACAAAUAAUUUUCAAACAAGAAGGAAGGGAAGGGAAGAGAAGGAAAAGAAAAAAAAAAAAAAAAAAAAAAAAAAAAAAAAAAAAAAGAAGGAAAGAAAAAAAAAGAAGGAAGAAAAAGAAAAGCCUCAGCUCUUACUGGCCUAGCUGAUGCUUAAUUUAUGAUUUCUUUUUUUGUAACUACCUCAGGACAGAGGAAAGUAAAUUGUGUCAAACAAUUAAACAAUGUUGGGGAUGAAAAAAUUUAUUGAUGUUUUAGCUAUAUAGCUACACACUGCCUCCUGAAUAUUAGUUGUGCCUGGUCCAUGUGGUUUGAUUUACAAAAAAAAAGAACCCAAUAACAAAACCCAAACCAAAAGAAAAACCAGGAAAAAGAAACAGAUUCAGCACUUAAGCCAUUUGGAUUAAAUAGCAAAUUCUGUGGUGUGCAUAAUCCCUUUUUUGUCUUUUUCUUCUAUUAUGCUGUAUUUUUUUGCAAGAACGGGCUGAUUUUUAGUCUAUUUUUGUGAGCUUCAUUGUGCUUUUCUUGUAUCUUAUGCAAGUUGACUACUAAUGACUAAUCAGAACAAUAUGAAUGCAUUGUUGCUGCAUUAGUGUAAAGUGAUCUGUGUUUUUUGCACUUAAAGAGGGUAUUCAAGACACUCUAGUUGUGUAAAAAAUAGUUCAUAUAAAAAAAGCCACUUCUGUAUUAGUUAAAACUGUAUGCUUUUAGUAGGUCUUGUAUCAGUGGCAAUACAUCUACACAGCAUUAAAGGCAGUGCUAGCUUGGAGAAGGUUCAAAUCGCGUCAUAUUGUGAUCUGAAAUUUUAUAUACAAUAUAUUCCCCCCCCCAAAAUAUACCUUAUUAAAUAUUUUAUGAUUCAGAAGA